AUGAAGUUUCUCUCUGUCGCCACCCUGCUCUUGGUGACUCCCCUCACUUCGGCCGCUUCGUUGGGGUCCUUCUUCGAUCCCUCGCUGGUCCAGGCCCCGGUCACAACCCAGGAUUUCCCCGUGGCCGGUCAUAACCCGCUGGACUACUGCCAGGAUCCCGCGGCUCAUCUGCUCAAGAUUGAGAAGGUUGACUUGAUCCCAGACCCUCCCAAAGCGGGCCAAAAGCUCAAGAUCAAGGCCAGCGGAACCCUCCUCGACACAGUCGAAAAGGGCGCUACCGUGAACCUCGAAGUGAAGUGGGGUCUGAUUACCCUGAUCAGUCAGACCGUUGAUCUCUGCGAUCAGAUUACAAAUGUGGAUCUGAAGUGUCCUCUGGAGAAGGGCAAGAUGGUUCUGGAGAAGGAAGUGGACCUUCCGAAGCAGAUUCCUCCUGGCUCAUACUCGGUCUUGGCCGAUGUCUACACCAAGGACCGGAGACAGGUGACUUGCCUCAAAGCGGACCACAUCCAGUUCUAA